UUCCAUGCAGGCUCUGAGUCAGGGCUGGUGCUGAGGCUCAUGAACGGAGGGCAUCGAUGCCAGGGCCGCGUGGAGGUGCUGUACCGCGGCUCCUGGGGCACCGUGUGUGAUAACAGAUGGGACACCAAUGACGGCAAAGUGGUGUGCAGACAACUGGGCUGCGGCUGGGCAAUAUCGGCCCCUGGGAAUGCGCGCUUCGGCCAGGGCUCAGGCCCCAUUGUGCUGGACAACGUGCGCUGCUCUGGGCAAGAGUCUGCCCUGUGGUCCUGCUCACACAGUGGCUGGAAGAACCACAGCUGCAACCAUAGGGAGGAUGCCAGUGUCAUCUGCUCAGACAAUUACUCCAGGUCAGUGUUGCUUUGGUGGCCCCACACUGACUACGGCUCCGAGUCAGGGCUGGUGUUGAGGCUCAUGAAUGGAGGGCAGCGAUGACAGGGCCGUGUGGAGGUGCUAUAUAAUGGCUCUUGGGGUACCGUGUGUGAUGACAGUUGGGACACCAAUGAUGCCAACGUGGUAUGCAGGCAGCUGGGCUGUGGUUGGGCAAUGGCAGCCCCUGGGAAUGCGCGCUUCGGCCAGGGCUCAGGGCAAAUCGUGCUGAAUAAUGUGCACUGCUCUGGGCACGAGUCUGCCCUGUGGUCCUGCCCACACAGUGGCUGGAACAACCACAACUGCCACCACGGGGAGGAUGCCAGUGUCAUCUGCUCAGGCUCUGAGUCGGGGCUUGCGCUGAGGCUCGUGAAUGGAGGGCAGCGAUGCCAGGGCCGCGUGGAGGUGCUGUACCGUGGCUCCUGGGGCACCGUGUGUGAUGACAGUUGGGACACCGAUGAUGCCAACGUGGUGUGCAGGCAGCUGGGCUGUGGUUGGGCAAUGGCAGCCCCUGGGAAUGCGCGCUUCGGCCAAGGCUCGGGCCAAAUCAUGCUGAGUAAUGUGCGCUGCUCUGGGCACGAGUCUGCCCUGUGGUCCUGCCCACACAGUGGCUGGAACAUCCACAACUGCCACCACGGGGAGGAUGCCAGUGUUAUCUGCUCAGGUGCGGCAUUGGGGCUCCCCUGGUCUUGGCCCCUCUCUGUCCUGGACACUCAACCCUGUACCAAGUGGUGGCUGGAGCUGAGGUUGGCAAAUGGAAAUGACCGAUGCCAGGGCCGCGUGGAGGUGCUGUACCGUGGCUCCUGGGGCACCGUGUGUGAUGACAGUUGGGACACCGAUGAUGCCAACGUGGUGUGCAGGCAGCUGGGCUGUGGCUGGGCAAUAGCAGCCCCUGGGAGUGCACGCUUUGGCCAGGGCUCAGGCCCCAUCGUGCUGGACGACGUGCAAUGUUCCGGGCAUGAGAACACCUUGUGGUCCUGCAAACACAGUGGCUGGAACAGCCACAACUGCAACCACGGGGAGGAUGCUGGCGUCAUUUGCUCAGCUGUACAGAUGGCUUCUCCCUCCCCAGCCCCAGGUUGGUGGGAAACUUCAACACCCGCAUACAGUGAAGGCUCCACCCCUUUACCUACGAGCCUUACAGGCUCAGACUCGGGACUGGCACUGAGGCUCGUGAAUGGAGGGCAGCGAUGCCAGGGUCGCGUGGAGGUGCUCUAUCACGGCUCCUGGGGCACCGUGUGUGAUGACAGUUGGGACACUAAUGAUGCCAACGUGGUGUGCAGGCAGCUGGGCUGUGGUUGGGCAAUGGCAGCCCCUGGGAAUGCGCGCUUUGGCCAGGGCUCGGGCCCCAUCGUGCUGGAUGACGUGCAGUGCUCCGGGCAUGAGUAUGCCCUGUGGUCCUGCCCACACAGAGGCUGGAACAUUCAUAACUGCAACCACGGGGAAGACGCUGGUGUCAUCUGCUCAGGUUGGUGGGAAACUUCAACACCUGCAUACAAUGGAGACUUCACAUCUGUACCUAACAUCCCCACAGGCUCAGACUCGAGGCUGGCGCUGAGGCUCGCGAAUGGAGGGCAGCGAUGCCAGGGCCGUGUGGAGGUGCUGUACCGUGGCUCCUGGGGCACCGUGUGUGAUGACAGUUGGGACAUCAAUGAUGCCAACGUGGUGUGCAGGCAGCUGGGCUGUGGCUGGGCUACGGCAGCCCCUGGGAGUGCACGGUUUGGCGAGGGCUCAGGCCCCAUCGUGCUGGACGAUGUGCAGUGCUCCGGGCAUGAGUCUGCCCUAUGGUCCUGCCCACACAGUGGCUGGAACAGCCUCAAGUGCAACCACUGGGAGGAUGCUGGUGUCAUCUGCUCAGGUUGGUGGAAAACUUCAACACCUGCAUACAAUGGAGACUUCACAUCUUUACCUAACAUCCCCACAGGCUCAGACUCGAGGCUGGCGCUGAGGCUCGCGAAUGGAGGGCAGCGAUGCCAGGGCCGUGUGGAGGUGCUGUACCGUGGCUCCUGGGGCACCGUGUGUGAUGACAGUUGGGACAUCAAUGAUGCCAACGUGGUGUGCAGGCAGCUGGGCUGUGGUUGGGCAACGGCAGCCCCUGGGAGUGCACGCUUCGGCCAGGGCUCAGGCCCCAUCCUGCUAGAUGACGUGAAGUGCUCAGGGCAUGAGUCUGCCCUAUGGUCCUGCCCACACAGUGGCUGGAACAGCCACAACUGCAAUCACGGGGAGGAUGCUGGUGUCAUCUGCUCAGCUGUACAGUCGGCUUCUCCCACACCAACCCCAGGUUGGUGGGAAACUUCAACACCUGCAUACAAUGGAGACUUCACAUCUUUACCUAACAGCCCCACAGGCUCAGACUCGGGACUGGCACUGAGGCUCGCGAAUGGAGGGCAGCGAUGCCAGGGCCGUGUGGAGGUGCUGUACCGUGGCUCCUGGGGCACCGUGUGUGAUGACAGUUGGGACACCGAUGAUGCCAACGUGGUGUGCAGGCAGCUGGGCUGUGGCUGGGCAAUAGCGGCCCCUGGGAGUGCACGCUUCGGCCAGGGCUCAGGCCCCAUCCUGCUGGACGACGUGAAGUGCUCCGGGCAUGAGUCUGCCCUGUGGUCCUGCCCACACAGUGGCUGGAACAGCCACAACUGCAAUCACGGGGAGGAUGCUGGUGUCAUCUGCUCAGCUGUACAGUCGGCUUCUCCCACACCAACCCCAGGUUGGUGGAAAACUUCAACACCCACAUACGGUGGCUCAGACUCGGGGCUGGCACUGAGGCUCGAGAAUGGAGGGCAGCGAUGCCAGGGCCGUGUGGAGGUGCUGUACCGUGGCUCCUGGGGCACUGUGUGUGAUGACAGUUGGGACAUCAAUGAUGCCAACGUGGUGUGCAGGCAGCUGGGCUGUGGUUGGGCAACGGCAGCCCCUGGGAAUGCACGCUUCGGUCAGGGCUCAGGCCCCAUCGUGCUGGACGAUGUGCGGUGCUCCGGGCAUGAGUCUGCCCUAUGGUUCUGCCCACACAGUGGCUGGAACAGCCACAACUGCAAUCAUGGGGAGGACGCUGGUGUCAUCUGCUCAGCUGUACAGAUGGCUUCUCCCUCCCCAGCCCCAGGUGAGUGGGCCACCUCGAGGUGUGUGUCCUUAUGUGCAGGCUCAGACUCGGGGCUGGCGCUGAGGCUCGCGAAUGGAGGGCAGCGAUGCCAGGGCCGUGUGGAGGUGCUGUACCGUGGCUCCUGGGGCACCGUGUGUGAUGACAGUUGGGACACCAAUGAUGCCAACGUGGUGUGCAGGCAGCUGGGCUGUGGCUGGGCAAUAGCGGCCCCUGGAAGUGCACGUUUCGGCCAGGGCUCAGGCCCCAUCCUGCUGGACGACGUGCAGUGCUCUGGGCAUGAGUCUGCCUUAUGGUUCUGCCCACACAGAGGCUGGAACAGCCACAACUGCAACCAUGGGGAGGAUGCUGGUGUCAUCUGCUCAGGUGCGGACUCUGGGGAUCCCCUGGUCUUGGCCCCUCUCUGCCCUGAUCCCCUCAACCCUGCUUUAAUCCUGGGUUGGUUCUACCCUACAACCAGCCUCAACUCAGACUCAGGGCUGGCACUGAGGCUCGAGAAUGGAGGUCAGCGAUGCCAGGGUCGCGUGGAGGUGCUGUACCAUGGCACCUGGGGCACCGUGUGUGAUGACAGUUGGGACACCAAUGAUGCCAACGUGGUGUGCAGGCAGCUGGGCUGUGGUUGGGCAAUAGCAGCCCCUGGGAGUGCACGCUUUGGCCAGGGCUCAGGCCCCAUCCUGCUGGACGACGUGCAGUGCUCCGGGCAUGAGUCUGUCCUAUGGUCCUGCCCACACAGAGGCUGGAACAGCCACAACUGCAACCACGGGGAGGAUGCUGGCGUCAUCUGCUCAGGUACCGAGUGGUGGUUGGAGCUGAAAUUGGCAAAUGGAGGGCAGCGAUGCCAGGGCCGUGUGGAGGUGCUGUACCGUGGCACCUGGGGCACCGUGUGUGAUGACGGUUGGGACACCAAUGAUGCCAACGUGGUGUGCAGGCAGCUGGGCUGUGGCUGGGCCAUAGCAGCCCCCGGAAAUGCACGCUUUGGCCGGGGCUCGGGUCCCAUCUUGCUGGAUGAUGUGCGCUGCUCUGGGCAUGAGUCUGCCCUGUGGUACUGCCCACACAAUGGCUGGAACAACCACAACUGCAACCAUGGAGAGGACGCCAGCGUCAUCUGCUCAGAAGCACAAACCAUACCUCCCUUCAACACCACUGAUCAAUGGCACACGACAACCACAGCUCCUGUCAGUGGUACCACCACCAUCUCCAAUGGCAGUCACCCCUGUGGAGGCUUCUUGACCCAGUCCUCAGGGCAGUUCUCCAGUCCAUCCUACCCCAGCAACUACCCAAACAAUGCCAACUGUGUGUGGGACAUUGAGGUGGCCAACAACGACCGCAUCACCAUUGUCUUCAGAGAUGUCCAGCUGGAAGGUAGCUGCAACCUUGACUAUUUGGAAGUCUAUGAUGGUCCCUACCAUAGCUCCCCGAUGCUUGGCCGUGUCUGCGAGGGGAACAAAGGUGUCUCCUAUGUGUCCUCGGCCAACUUCAUGUCUAUCCGCUUCGUCAGCGACAGCAGCGUCACCCGCAGGGGCUUCCUAGCUGACUACUACUCCAGCCCCACCAACCAGAGCACCAACCUGUUCUGCCUGCCCAGCCACAUGCAGGCCAACGUGAGCAGGAAGUUCCUGGAGUCCCUCAGUUACUCCCCCUGGGACCUGGUCAUUCCCGGCUGGAACUCCCAGGCACAGUGUCGGGCCCGUGUCACAUCCAGCCAUGUGGUCUUCACCAUCCCCUACACGGGCUGUGGCACCAUCAAGAAGGUGGACAAUGACACCAUCACAUACUCCAACACCCUCAAAGCAUCUGGGUCCCAUGGUGUCAUCACACGCAAGAAGGACCUGAACAUCCAUGUCACAUGCAAGAUGCUGCAAGACAAGUGGCUGGAUGACAUCAUGUUCAUCACCAAUGACACAGUGGAGGUCCAGGACAUUCAAUAUCACACCUUUGCCGUACAUAUCUCUUUCUUCAACUCCUCCUCUUUCCUGUACCCCAUCACCAGCAGUCCCUACUACGUGGAACUGGGCCAGACUAUGUUCGUGCAGGCCCAUCUCCUGCACAAUGAUUCCAACCUGGCCCUGUUUGUGGACACCUGUGUGGCAUCACCCACUGCCCACGACUUCACCUCUGUGACAUACGACCUGAUUCGAAAUGGGUGCGGGAGGGACGAGACCUACCAUACCCUGGCCCAGCCUGCACCCUACAUCGCCCGCUUCCAGUUCAGCUCCUUCCACUUCCUCAAGCGCUUCCGGUCCGUGUUCCUGAAGUGCAAGGUGGUUGUGUGCCAGGCCCGCGACUACAAUUCCCGUUGCUACAAGGGCUGCCUGAAGCGCAUCAAACGUGACCUGAGCCCCCACCUGCACAAGGUGGACGUGGUCCUGGGACCCAUCCAGCUGCAGCCACCCUUCUCCCACAGGAGACCUCUGGGUAGGUGGCAGCUGCCGGAUCUCAAGCGUAGGCCAGGCUGA